CCGCCGCCGCCAGGGGGCGCUGUGGCGCCGCGGCGGAGCCCAUAAAAGGCGGCGGCGUCGUGUCCCCGCGUGUGCCGGUGUCUGUCGGACCCACCGCCCGCCCGACUGCGGCAUGCUGGCGCUGAGCGCCGCCCGCCGCCUGCUGCGCCCGCCCGGCGACCUGCUGCUGCUGCCGCCGCCGCCGGGGCUCGCCGGCAUGUGGGCGGCCGGUGCCCGCGGUUGCAGCGCGGCCGGCGCCGACCCGCCGAACCCGGUGGUGUACUUGGACGUGGGCGUCGACAACCAGCCGCUGGGACGCGUCGUGCUGGAGCUGAAAGCUGAUGUUGUUCCAAAGACAGCAGAAAACUUUAGAGCUCUCUGUACUGGUGAAAAAGGAUUUGGGUAUAAAGGAUCCACUUUUCACAGAGUGAUUCCUUCCUUUAUGUGCCAGGGUGGUGACUUUACAAAUCAUAAUGGAACCGGUGGAAAAUCCAUUUAUGGCAGUAGAUUUCCAGAUGAAAAUUUCAUACUUAAGCACGUAGGACCUGGUGUUCUUUCAAUGGCCAACGCGGGACCCAAUACAAAUGGAUCUCAGUUCUUCAUUUGCACAGCAAAAACUGACUGGCUAGAUGGAAAACAUGUUGUUUUCGGGCAUGUAAAGGAAGGAAUGGAUGUCGUGAAAAAAAUCGAGCGAUUUGGUUCCAAGAGUGGAAAACCCACCAAAAAGAUUGUCAUUACUGACUGUGGCCAGCUGUCCUAGCCUUUUGCCCUACCAUUCAGGACAACUUUGAUGCUGUGAAAAAUGAAUCAUAAACAUUUCUGAUCCUGUGAGCAGCACCUAUGGAGCCAUAUUUUCUAUUUAACUUGUUCUGACUUUUAUACCCAUAUUGAAUAAUAUUGAUUAAAAGCAUAAAACAAUAACUGAAACACGUUUUAACUGAGUUACCUUGGUAGUCACACUGUCACAUUGAUUCGGUAGAGUCCCGCUGCAUUUUGAAAGCAGUACUACGGUCACCCAGAGCGUAUCUGACUGCAGCGUUGAUGCUGUUCUUAGUAUUUGGAUGAUUCAGGUGAUAGCAUCGGUGGUGGAGCUGCCAACUAAGCAUUCUAUAGUUGGGGGUUAGGUAUAAAUUGAGAAAUACCAUGUUUCCUUUGGUGCUAAUAAAUGCCUAUUCUGUUGUUUGUCUCAUCACUUUGAAAAAAUGAUACUAACUAGUGCUCUCAAGGCUGUCUGCAACAAGACCGUCAGACAUUUUCUCUGUGUCUCAAUUUAAGUCGAUCCAAUAGAAUCAAUGGGCGGUUGUGGGUUAUUUUAAAUUAAUUCUGUCUUAAUAAUUUUUUUUUGUAGUCUCAGAUCACUGUUUAAAACUGAACUCUGACUUACCUGCUUCAAUGGAGCAAUUUGACUUUUGGGUCAAGUAAAUUGCUUUUGGUUGACUUAGCCUACUACUAGAGCUCUACCUGGGCAAUAAGACCACAAAUUAGCCAAAAGAUCAUGGGACUUUUUUAUUAUGCAGCUGUGAACUUGAAGUGCAGUUCUGCUCUGAGACCUGGUUCUGUGUGGAAUGCAGCACGGUUCUCAAUACAUAGCCUAUUUUUGCACUUUGAGAAUAUAAUCAGAGUAUAGGGAGCUUGCGUGAGUGAGAAAUGGGUUUCAUUGCUUUUUUUGUCCUGUUGGUCCCGAGAAGUCGGCCUGCCUCGGGUAUUGCUGGGAUUCUGAUUUCUUAUGCAUCAUUGUCAGAAGUUAAAAUUGGUCACCACAGAAUCACAAGGCCUAAUUGGUGUAGCAAAAUGGUUAUUCUUGGGGUUGAUGCACGAGAAGGAAAGAAUUCAGCUGAUCAGCUAAACACAUUUUGUUUGUAUAACGCGGUAUGUUUUAUGUGGAGUGCCGGAGCGGUAAUAAAUGUUGGAACCUCACAACGUCACUUUGAGAAUCACUAAAGCUGUAGAGUAUUCAUGCUUGUGGGACAAAGCACUUGACUGGUUUUGUGCAAUAAUCUUGUUACUGAAGAGAAGAAUACACCGGGAUGUCUCUCUUUAAAUGUGAAUUUAUUUCUAUUGCAUUUGGAUAAUAUGUAGGUUUAAGACUAUUUUGCACUGGAUUUUUUUUUCCAUGGAGGGCUCCAUUCUUAUGUGUAUGAGGUAGUAUUCAGAGUGUAAUUUUGCAGAAAAUAGAAUUGAAAAGUUUUUUAUUCUUUCCACUAUAGCAGUUUAAUCUUUCUUUGUAGUAUUUUUGAAAUGUUAAUUUGUGCUGGUUUGGCUUAUUUCAAUUUGAUAGAACCAUGAUUUUUGUGUGUGUGUGUGUUCUCUUAAUUUGUAUAUGAAAAAUAAUUAAAUACAGUUCUACCA